AUGGCGAUUAGGGCUGGCCGCUCGGCCCUCCACCUCCACCUCCUCGCGCUCGCCUUCCUCAUCCUCGCCGCCUCCCCCUGCCUCCAAGCUCGAGUGGACCAUCGCAAACAGAUAUCUGACUGGAGUAGGCAACCCAACUUUGAAUUGCAGAAUAUCUCCUUGAGUCGAAAGGAUGGCCCUCAUCUCCUCCUGGGCAGAUCCGAGGAAAUAACACACAGGAAAUUAAGGGGGAGAAUUGGUGUAAGGAAGAAAAUGGAGGUAGUGCAGCAGGAUGAUGAAGCAUUAGUUAAACUUGAGAACGCAGGCAUCGAACGCUCAAAAGCUGUUGAUUCUGCUGUGCUGGGAAAAUACAGCAUCUGGAGACGUGAAAAUGAAAAUGAGAAGGCAGAUUCAAGGGUUAGGCUGAUGCGAGAUCAAAUGAUCAUGGCCAGAAUAUAUUCUGUUCUUGCCAAAUCGAGAGACAAGCUUGAUCUCUAUCAGGAGCUGCUUGCAAGGCUCAAGGAAAGUCAGCGCUCCCUUGGGGAAGCUACUGCUGAUGCCGAACUUCCCAAGAGUGCUUCGGAUAGAAUCAAAGCAAUGGGCCAAGUUUUAUCAAAAGCAAGGGAUCUAUUGUACGAUUGCAAGGAAAUUACCGAGCGUUUGAGAGCAAUGCUUCAGUCAGCAGAUGAGCAGGUCCGGAGCUUGAAGAAGCAGAGCACCUUCCUUAGCCAGCUGGCAGCUAAGACAAUCCCAAAUGGCAUCCAUUGUCUUUCCAUGCGCUUAACGAUUGAUUAUUACCUUCUCUCUCCAGAGAAAAGAAAGUUCCCCAAUAGUGAGAACUUGGAAAAUCCUGAUCUUUACCAUUAUGCUCUUUUCUCAGACAAUGUUUUGGCAGCAUCAGUUGUGGUCAACUCAACCAUCAUGAAUGCAAAGGAGCCUGAAAAACAUGUAUUUCAUCUUGUUACUGACAAGCUGAACUUUGGGGCCAUGAACAUGUGGUUUUUGCUGAAUCCACCUGGGGAUGCAACAAUCCAUGUGGAAAAUGUUGAUGACUUCAAAUGGUUAAACUCUUCUUACUGCCCUGUUCUGAAGCAGCUUUUGUCUGCAGCCAUGAGAGAAUACUAUUUCAAGGCUGAUCGUCCGAAAACACUCUCUUCUGGCUCUUCUAAUCUGAAGUAUCGAAACCCAAAAUAUUUGUCCAUGCUUAAUCAUUUAAGAUUUUACCUCCCCCAAGUCUAUCCCAAGCUGAAUAAAAUUCUUUUCCUGGAUGAUGACAUAGUUGUCCAGAGGGACCUAACUGGACUCUGGGAGGUUGACCUUAAUGGUAAUGUAAAUGGAGCGGUGGAAACAUGUGGAGAGAGUUUUCAUCGAUUUGACAAGUACCUCAAUUUUUCAAACCCAAAUAUUUCGGAGAAUUUUGAUCCUAAUGCAUGUGGUUGGGCUUAUGGAAUGAACAUGUUUGAUCUGGAAGAAUGGAAGAAGAAAGACAUUACUGGGAUUUACCACAAAUGGCAGAACAUGAACGAGAACAGGCUGCUCUGGAAAUUGGGGACAUUGCCGCCAGGGCUUCUAACUUUCUACAAGCUGACAUACCCUCUGGACAAAUCAUGGCAUGUGCUUGGCUUAGGGUACAAUCCAACCAUUGAGCGCUCAGAAAUAGACAAUGCUGCGGUCAUCCACUACAAUGGUAACAUGAAGCCGUGGCUGGAAAUCGCAAUGACAAAGUAUCGGCCUUACUGGACAAAGUAUAUCAAUUAUGAGCACCCGUACAUUCAUGGAUGCAAGAUCAGCCAAUAG